CUACUCUCUGUCUUCUCUCUUAAAUGGCAGGAAGGAGACUCUCAUGUGAAGUCCUCCAUAACUGAAAAAUAAAAAUUAAAAAAAAAAACGGAAGAGAGAAAAAAAUAAUAAAAUUACUCGAAGUUCCACGAUCUCUCUCUCUUUCUCUCCCUCUAAAUUCAUGUUGAUUUAGCCUUAACUUUAUCGUCUUCCUCCGUCACCGCGCCGGUAGCGACCGUCGUCUUCUCAGGCUCGUUUAUCUCCGUUACCCGAGAUCUGAAUUGAUUUUUAAAAACAAAAAAUGGCUGCAACAAGCAAGACGGAUCAAAAAGCGGCUUUAGACAUUGCAUCAUGGCUCUUCAAUGUGGUUACCUCCGUUGGAAUCAUCCUCGUUAACAAAGCCUUGAUGGCUAGUUACGGCUUUAGUUUCGCUACGACGUUAACCGGUUUGCAUUUCGGAACAACGACAUUGUUGACAACUUUCUUGACAUGGCUUGGUUAUAUUCAGCCUUCUCAGCUUCCCUGGCCCGAUCUUCUCAAGUUCGUUUUGUUCGCUAACUUCUCUAUCGUUGGGAUGAACGUCAGCCUCAUGUGGAACUCCGUUGGCUUCUACCAGAUUGCGAAGCUGAGUAUGAUCCCAGUUUCUUGUCUUCUAGAAGUUGUUCUUGACAACGUCAGGUAUUCGAGGGAUACAAAGCUUAGCAUUUUGUUGGUUCUUGCUGGUGUUGCCGUCUGCACUGUUACCGAUGUCAGUGUUAACCUCAACGGGUUCCUCGCUGCCGCUAUUGCUGUCUGGAGCACCGCCCUUCAGCAAUACUAUGUACAUUAUUUACAAAGGAAAUAUUCGCUCGGUUCUUUCAAUUUACUGGCGCAUACCGCUCCAGUACAAGCUGCAUCGUUGUUGUUGGUCGGGCCAUUUCUAGACUACUGGUUGACUAACCAAAGAGUUGAUGCAUUCAACUUUUCUUUUAUAUCUCUGUUCUUCUUGAUACUCUCGUGUAGUAUCGCGGUCGGGACCAAUCUGAGUCAGUUCAUCUGUAUAGGAAGAUUCACGGCGGUGUCUUUCCAAGUACUUGGUCACAUGAAGACAAUCCUGGUUUUGGUUUUGGGAUUCACUUUCUUCGGUAAGGAAGGUUUAAACAUGCAAGUGGUGCUUGGAAUGCUCAUUGCGAUUCUCGGUAUGAUCUGGUACGGUAAUGCAUCUUCUAAACCGGGAGGUAAAGAGCGUCGUAGCCUCUCUAUCCCCAUAACCAAGGCACAGAAACUCAACGUGUUAUCUGAAACAUCUGAGUCUGAUGGAAAGGUCUAAGCAAAGAAGUGAUCGUUUUGACAUAGAAACAAGAACAAGCGUCUCAGAUACAAACAAAACAGGUAGAAAAUAUCAUAUGGAAUAUUUACAAACAAAUGGUUUUAAUUAUUUAAUUUCCAGACCAUAUUUUUCUUUUCUUACAUAGCAUUUUGUUUUCUGCAUUUUCCUUUUUGGUUAUCAAUUUUGGCCUUUGCAUUUUGUAUUUUUUUUUACUAAUUCUCUCACACAUGAUAUAUGCUACUGAAUAAAAUCUCAAUUUUAUUUUUUA